AUGUGCUUACCCGGUUUUGCAACGAAGAGGGCGGAAAAGCAAAGCCAGAUAUAUUCCGAGACAAGCCUAAAUGGGCCCAGUCAGAUUACUCCGAACAUUACGGAGACGACGGGAUCAGUGGAUCAGUUUGCAGUUGGGGAAAUAGAUGCUUCUCCAUUACUCAAUAGGACGUUGACAUAUGAAAAUAAUACACGGAAUGUUGACGGAAGGCCUCCGACCCCUCGAGAGUCUGAAAUCGAUCGAGAGGAGGCCACAAUGGACCUCCAAGCUAUAAACUGGGAGCAUCAUGGGCCUGGUUCAUGGCUCUCUAUUUGUUCAACGCCGGGCGUGCAAUGGGUUUCUGCUAAAGCGGGCACCACUCGAUUCCACGAAAUUGCCCAGCGACUGGUCGUGGGUUGGACGAAAAGAUUGACGCUGAGCUCAGACACAAUUCGUGAAAGAUGCCCAGAGCCAGGGAUCGAGAAUGCUUGGAAAUACGUGUCAGCUUAUUUUGAGAACUCGCGAGAUAGUGUUUUCGGUGUUGUUCUCCGCUCCAGUUUCGAAAGUCGACUUCGUAUUCAUUUCCAGAAUGCCAGCAGACCCGAUGAGGACGUUGCUUGGUAUGCCCUGCGGAAUGCUGUGUAUGCAAUAGGGCGUCGAGUCGCGGUAUCAGUGGACGGAACUAGGGACUUCGCAGAAAUCCAGUCGGAGUCCUUGCGAUUCUUUCACAAUGCCUUUUCCGCACUCGUCGUGAUGGUAUUUACCCAGACUUCCUUCGCCGAGCUUUUAGGAAGUCCAGCUGUCGAGUACAUGCUCUGUGCGUCAGCAGUUCGACUCGCACAAUCAAAGGGUCUUCACCGACAGCCAUCCAGGGCAUGGAAUCUUCCAAGGUCAGAGGUGGUACACAGGAAUUGGGUAUUUUGGGCCUCAUAUUGCUAUGACAAGAAUAUUGCGUUGCGAUCGGGCCGUCCAUCGGCGUUUGACGAUGAUGAAAUAAGCUGCGAGAUACCCAAUGAGCUUCCUGAUGGAAGCAGGUCGGAUAUUCAAGUGGUUAUUGCUGCUAUAGAGCAUGCUAAAAUCUGCGCAAAGAUAAGCAAACAGCUUUUAUCAGCACGGGCAUUUAAUCAGUCACCAAAAUCGCUCCUCGACACAAUGGAAACGUUGGAAGAUAAACUUCGGAUGUGGCGAAAUUCUCUCCCAGAUCAUUUAACCCUAGCCAAGCAGAAUGAUUACCGGCCGUUGAACAACUCUUCCCAAUGCAAAGCAAACACUUUGCGGCUACACUACUUAUACUGGGGAAGUGUCAUUGCUUUGAAUGCAAAUUUCCAUUAUCCGUGGAUAAGUUCGUUGCUUACUCGCCAAGAGCCGUUUUUGGAAGAUCGAAUGUUGAAAAGCUCGACGCGGGCUGCUGAAGCUUCACGACAGAUUUUGUGGACUUUGCAGGAUACCGAGCUUGAUACGUCGUCUUCAUCCCCGAUUGUUUUUUACUUCCCCAUGCUCGCGGUUAUCAAUCUGUUUAUCUACAUCCUCCAGACCCCGACGCUUGAGACAGUCGAAUCGGACCUUGCGCUUCUCGACCUCGCGGCCGGUCAUUUCGCAAAAGUUCAUUUUCUCACAUCGUCACAAGUAUCGUUCACUUUUGCGAGAGAAAUCGUCGGCCUAGCAAACAAAGCUGUACGAAUGGCGACGAAGGUAGCGCCUAGGAGCACAAAUCGCUCAAGCGCUUAUUCACCUGACCCUUUCUCAGUAAAUAUGUCUGGAGAACCGGUAAGCCUGUAG